ACUUCCGGCGGGGCGGCGAACGGGGAGGGGAGCUGGCCGGCAGCCGCUGGGGGUGGCGGAAUAAGCUGGGCGCGGCCUGCAGUGCGGGCGGGUGCGGGGUGAGGGCUGCCUGCUGCUGUCCAGGUCUCUGCGGUCCCCGAGGGCCCUCCCCCGCGUCGGCGCCAUGGGCAAUUGCCACACGGUGGGGCCCAACGAGGCGCUGGUGGUUUCAGGGGGCUGUUGUGGUUCGGACUAUAAACAGUACGUGUUUGGCGGCUGGGCCUGGGCAUGGUGGUGUAUCUCCGACACUCAAAGACUGUCUCUGGAGGUUAUGACCAUCCUGUGUCGCUGUGAGAAUAUUGAGACGUCGGAGGGGGUCCCGCUAUUCGUAACAGGGGUUGCACAGGUGAAGAUCAUGACGGAGAAAGAGCUCCUGGCAGUGGCGUGUGAGCAGUUCCUGGGCAAGAAUGUGCAGGACAUCAAGAACGUCGUCCUCCAGACCCUGGAGGGGCACCUGCGCUCCAUCCUCGGGACCCUGACCGUGGAGCAGAUUUAUCAAGACCGGGACCAGUUUGCCAAGCUGGUGCGGGAGGUGGCAGCCCCAGAUGUCGGCCGCAUGGGCAUUGAGAUCCUCAGCUUCACCAUCAAGGACGUGUAUGACAAAGUGGACUAUCUGAGCUCCCUGGGCAAGACGCAGACCGCCGUAGUUCAGAGAGAUGCAGACAUCGGGGUGGCCGAGGCCGAGCGGGACGCAGGCAUCCGGGAAGCCGAAUGCAAGAAGGAGAUGCUGGACGUGAAGUUCCUGGCAGACACCAAGAUCGCCGACUCCAAGCGAGCCUUCGAGCUGCAAAAGUCAGCCUUCAGUGAGGAAGUCAACAUCAAGACAGCUGAGGCCCAGCUGGCCUAUGAGCUACAAGGGGCCCGCGAGCAGCAGAAGAUCCGGCAGGAAGAGAUUGAGAUUGAAAUUGUGCAGCGUAAGAAGCAGAUUGCAGUGGAGGCGCAGGAGAUCCUGCGCACAGACAAGGAGCUCAUUGCCACGGUGCGCCGCCCCGCGGAGGCUGAGGCCCACCGGAUACAGCAGAUAGCUGAGGGUGAAAAGGUGAAGCAGGUCCUCUUGGCUCAUGCAGAGGCUGAGAAGAUCCGCAGAAUCGGCGAGGCAGAGGCGUCAGUCAUCGAGGCGAUGGGCAAGGCAGAGGCUGAGCGGAUGACGCUCAAGGCUGAGGCCUACCAGAAAUACGGGAACUCGGCCAAGAUGGCCUUGGUGCUGGACGCCCUGCCCCAGAUUGCUGCCAAAAUCGCUGCCCCACUGACCAAAGUCGAUGAGAUUGUGAUCCUCAGCGGGGACAACAACAAGGUGACAUCAGAAGUGAACCGACUGCUGGCCGAGCUGCCUGCCUCUGUGCACGCCCUUACAGGCGUGGACCUAUCUAAGAUACCCCUGAUCAAGAAGGCCACCGGUGCACAGGUGUGAGACUCCCGGAGGCCCAGACCCUUCAGCAGCCGCCUGCCCCUCCCUUCAGCACCGGUUUUAAUACCACGGGGACAACGGGAACGUUACUGACUCUGGUGCCUUAUUUUGUAGGGACCAGAAGUGCUGCGUGUUCAGGCCUUCUCUGGCUGUCUUCCCUUCUCUCUUGUCUCUGCCUCCUUCCUUUUCUUAUCUCUACCCCGCACCCUUACUUUCACUGCCACAUUCAUCUGGUUUGUCUCUUCUACCCUCAUCUUCCUGUACGUGUCUCUUCCUUUGUCUGUCUUUUUCUCUCCUGCUUUUUUCCCACCCACCCUCUACACUCAUCAUGUAGUUUAAGCUGAGAUGUUUAUUAUAAUAACUGUCUGAGGGGGGUGGCCCUGCUGCUCCUCAGAAUCCUGGUGCCUUGAAGUUCUCUGUGUAUCUGUCCUCCUCCCUGUGGCCCUGGCCAGAGUUCAGCAUGGGUACAGGGGGCCUGAGUAGGAUGGCCCCCUCCCCUCUCCCGGCCUGGCCUUCCCAGCCCUAAACCGUACCCUGGGAAGCCCCCAGCCCCACCCACUCCUGCCCCUCUAGGCCCAGGGCCCUUGCCCUUCACUUCACCCCUCCCCACCCCCAGGCCUGCUCUCAUACCUUACCUCUUUCCCCUACCCCAGGGGCACAGAAGCAAGGCCUCUUGUCUAUAGCAGCUCCCUCAGUUUACUACUGCCUUAGGAGGCCCCUGCUUGUGCUCAGGGAAGUCCCCUUCAUGGACGUGUCCCUACUAGGUGGAGUGAGGCUUGGUCCCAACUCUGCUAAACCUUUCUGGGAUCAGGGUCUAGCCCUGUUGGGGACUAGAAAGUCUGUAGACCCUCUUCCUGCUAGGGUUGUGCUGUCCUGGGUAUUGGGCUGGACCCUUCAGUAGGCGAGGCUGUGCCAACCCUGUACAUAUCGAGUGCUGUAGACUGGCCAGACUCUAUACCCCUUGUGCCAUCUCUCUUCCUGGCCAGAGUGAUAGGAUUCCAGCAAUGGGGAAGCAGCCCAAUCCUCUGUCUCCUGCUCUAGUGGAGGCAGAAGAGCCCAGGGCCCAAGCAUCCUGGCAGGGGUGCUGUGGGUGUCCUAUGGUCCCAGUGCCCCACCCCUGGCCCUCGCCCUGCCCCAGCCUGUGUAGCUGUUCCUGCAUGUGGAUGCUGCAUGUUUGGUCUGGGGCUUGGAUGCUGCACUGCCCCACUGCCUGCCCCUUCCGGUAAAAUAAAGAUCUGUUAUGCUAUG